CAGGCAUCGACUCCACUACUUCAUACUCUCUAAAUGCUACCGUACAGCAUUGCCCUCCUGCGGGUCUGGGGUGUGUGGGUACCCCAAGACUGGUGGCCCGCAUGGAGGAAAAAAUUAUACCCAGCCUACACUGUUUUCGUCAUAUGUUUUGUUUACGCAAAUACUCUGUCGCAGAUAAUCGAACUUUUUACAACGUACGAGACUGUCAAAGGUUUCAUCAACAAAUCGUUUAUACUUCUCUCGACAAUCGCUGGAGGUAUUAAAGGUGCCCACUGUAUCCUCCAUCGACAGGAGUUCAUUAAUCUGGCAAAAACUCUGGGGUCUUAUCCGUGUCGAGCCGAAAGCCCCGAGGAGGAGAUGAUUCAACGGGAAUUCGAUGAAAAGAUUAAGCACAUGAAUAGACGUUACAUAACCAUGCAUUUAUUCACAAUAACAACAUUAACAAUCGCCAGUAUUCUUCGUGACGUCCCCAAAGGAGAACUUUAUUACAAAGCCUGGAUACCCUUCAACUACACAUCCCCACCGCGUUUCUGGUCCGCCUACAUUCAUCAAGUAAUAGCGCAUUAUUUCGAUCUCUGCAUGCACGCUGGGUACGACACCCUAGCGCCGGGCAUGAUGAUCCACGCUUGCGCUCAAUUCGCAAUCCUCGGACAUCGUUUCCGCCUCCUCCCCGAGCGCAUAAAAGAGAGAUUGAAGGAGUCGGACGAUAUCAACGAGAGCCAGGAGCUCAAGGCGUUGGAAACAAAAAAAUUGACCGAAUGUGUCAGACAUCAUCUCCAAAUAUUCGAGUUCGCUAAGACGAAUAAUAACAUAUUUAGCGGCAUGAUAUUCAUGCAGUACACGGUGAGCUCGCUGGUGCUCUGCAUGAGCACUUUACGACUGUCGCAGAUACACGCAUUCAGCCCGACAUUACUCUCCAUCUUCUUGUAUUUCUUGAGCAUGAUUGUGCAGAUUUUUAUGCCAUGCUUCUCGGGAAAUCAAAUCACGAUUGCUAGUGAAAAACUUUGCGACGACAUCUACAGCAUGGACUGGACAAUCCUCAGUACCUCAACCAAACGGAGUUUAACGAUGAUAAUAACCAGGGCUCAGAAACCAUUGAGGUUCACCAGUGGCUACGUCCUGACUCUGUCGAUCGAAUCAUUUAACAGUGUCGUGAAAACAUCGUAUUCAGCAUUCAAUGUUCUCCACGGUUCCUCCGAUUUCUGAAUUAAAUAGAUCC